CCCCUCGUGUCCCAAGAUGGCGGGGGCUCCUGAGGCGGCCUCGGGCUUCCUGGGCUUCGGGCCCGGCUCCCGCGACCCGGCCCGGCCCCCCUCGCGGCGGGCGGGCGGGAAGGGCGCCCGGAACCGCAAGAAGGGCUGGAAGCGCUGGCGGGGGCCGGAGGCUCAGCUGGGCAGGGAGCUCGGAGAAUGGCUGCACGAGAAGGCGGCCGAGAUGCGGCAGCUGGGUGGCCCAGUGUCAGAGAAGCCUGAUGAAAGCCUGUUCUUUGUGGACACUGGCAAUGAGGAGAAAGGCCUCAAACAGAACCAUGCCAAAGAGAAACGGCUGAAGGUCGACUUGAUCCUACAGAUAGAUUCCAAAGUGCCUGCCCCCAAAGACAUCCUUGCCCACCAAGUCCCCAACAGCAAGAAGAUGAAGCGGAAGCAACAGCUGUGGCAGAAGCUGGCGGAGAAGGGGAUGGUUCCUCGGAAAGAGAGGCUUCUCCAGGAGAGAUUGCGGAAAGCCUCUACGGCAAAAGCCGCCUACAUGGAAGCCAGCAGCACCGCUGGUCCCUCCAGGGCAUUCUACGACAUCUGGUCGGACUCAAACCCACUGGAUCAAGCCCUAGCUGGGAAGGACACAUGGUUCCUGGAGCAGACCAAAAAGCAGCCAGUGAAACGUCCAGGCAGGCUCCUGAAGACUCCUUCACAGCUGCCGGCCGUGGAGGUUAUCGCCCCAGGGGGGUCUUACAAUCCCAGCUUCCAGGCUCACCAGGCUCUGCUCCUCCAGGCCCAUGAAGUGGAGUUGCGGAGACAGAAGGCCGAGGAGAAACUGGCUCGCCAGCUCCGCUUCCCCACAGCAGAUGAGGUCCCCACCCAGGAGAUGGUCUUCCAGGAACAGUGUGAGGGACUUCUGGAAGAGGGGGACUCUGGUGGCGAGGAAGAGCAAGGAGGCUCCUCAAAGCUGGUGGAGGCAGAGUGUCUGGCAGACUCUGUUCCAGCUCCACCUUUGCCCCUCACAGCCACGGGGGAGAAGAAGACGGAGAGGCAGCGGAAGAAGGAAAAGGAGGCCAAGCGGCUGAAAACCCGGGAGCUGAGCGAGAAGGCAGUGCGGCUUCGGCGCCAGGAGGUCUUCCGGCUGCACUCGAUCCGGCUGCAGGUGAAGCGCUGGGAGGCGGAGCUGCUGCGGCGGAAACAAGCCCGUGAGGCCCGGAGAAAGGCUGAAGCCGACAAGCCCAAGCGGUUGGGCAGACUUAAGUAUGAAGACCCAGAUCUGGAUUUGCAGCUGAGCGCUGAACUGGCGGAGUCUUUGAGGACGCUGAAGCCUGAAGGGAACAUCCUGAAAGAUCGUUUCAAGAGCCUACAGAAACGCAACCUCAUAGAACCCAGGGAGCGGGCAAAGUUCAAGAGGAAAUACCGUGUGAAAUAUGUUGAAAAACGGGCCUUCCGGGAGAUCACGUUAUAGAACAUGGAUCACACCACAGCAUUCUGGGAACUCCUCUAGUCUUCUGU